UAUCACAAUUGAAUUUGUCUCCAUCUCAAUAUUAUACUAAUUACCUGACUCUCCCACCCCUCUGAUCUACACCGACUGAUAUCUCUCGUGGGUUCCGUCCUACCCUCAUGCCAUCAAUAGUCUCUCCGUCAGGCAAAUCUCGCCUUCUGAUCGUCUCAAAUCGUCUCCCAAUUACAGUGAGACGGUCGGAAGGCGGUAAGUAUGAAUUCUCCAUGUCAUCUGGUGGCCUGGUGACAGGGUUGAGCGGCCUCUCCAAGAGUACAACCUUCCAGUGGUUUGGUUGGCCAGGCCUAGAAGUGCCAGGGGACGAGGUCGCGUCGGUGACACAGAGACUCAAUGACGAAUUCAAUGCGAUGCCGGUAUUCAUGGAUGAUACAUUGGCUGAUCGGCACUACAAUGGCUUUUCCAACUCGAUCCUCUGGCCUCUCCUGCACUACCAUCCCGGGGAGAUCGUUUUCGACGAAGGGGCCUGGGAUGCUUAUCGCGAGGCCAAUCGUCUGUUUGCGCGGACCAUUGCUACCGAGACACGGGAGGGAGAUCUGGUGUGGAUCCAUGAUUACCACCUUAUGCUCCUGCCCCAGAUCCUCCGCGAGGAACUGCGGGCCUUGGGCAAGGAGAACGUCCGCAUCGGAUUCUUUCUGCACACUCCGUUCCCCAGUAGCGAAAUCUACCGCAUUCUACCCGUGCGGGGCCAACUUCUUCGGGGCCUCUUGCACUGCGACUUAAUCGGGUUCCACACUUAUGACUAUGCUCGCCAUUUCCUGAGCAGUUGCACUCAUAUUCUAGAGCUAGUAACUACUCCUAGCAGCGUGACUUUUGAGGGUAGAUCUGUCGCCGUGGGGGCCUUUCCAAUCGGGAUUGACCCCGACAAGUUCACCGAGGGCCUGAAGAGCCCCAAGGUUCAAAACCGCAUUGCCAGUCUAGAAAACAAGUUCAAGGGCACUAGGCUGAUGGUAAGCGUGGAUCGUCUCGACUACAUCAAGGGGAUCCCGCAGAAGCUGCACGCCUUAGAAGUCUUCCUCUCCAACCACCCGGAAUGGGUAGGCAAGGUCGUUCUGGUGCAGGUGGCCGUCCCGAGUCGCCAGGAUGUGGAGGAAUACCAGAACCUGAGAACGGUUGUCAACGAGCUUGUGGGGAGGAUCAACGGAAGGUUUGGAACGGUGGACUACAUGCCCAUCCAUUUCAUGCACAAAUCCGUCAACUUCGACGAACUUAUCGCGCUGUACGCCGUCUCCGACGCCUGCAUUGUCUCAUCAACGCGCGACGGGAUGAACCUUGUGUCGUUCGAGUACAUCGCCACGCAGCAGGCGCGCAAAGGCGUCCUGAUUCUAUCGGAAUUUGCGGGGGCCGCACAGAGUUUGAACGGGAGUCUUAUUGUCAACCCCUGGAACACCGAGGAACUGGCCGCGGCAUACCAGGAAGCGGUCUCAAUGAGUGAUGGUGAACGGGCCGCGAAGUUCGGCAAACUCUACAAAUACAUCUCCAAAUACACCAGCGCUUUUUGGGGACAGUCUUUCGUGGACGAGCUAUCCAGAGGCUCGGCGUAAUGAUUCUCUGGCUUUUUUCUUCUUCCUUCUUUUCCCUUCUUGCAUUUGAUUGAGAUUUGUGUGGGCGAAGCCACAGGAGCGGGUUAGCUCGUGCAGAUAGCGUAG